CCCGUGCGCCGUCGGCAGCUACUGCUCAAUGCUUUCGACAACCUUGACUUUGAACUUUACCUCGACCUGCGAUAUUCUCCCCUCACUUUCUCCUCCGUCUUCUUUCCUCUACACCUUCGUCUUUUCCUCGAAACCUUCAACAUCCCUCGCUGUUUCAUCAGCUCCCACCAGUUGCAUCUUUAAGUCGUCCUUGGAAAAAGAUAACUGGUCAACAUGUAUCCCUAUGGCGGCGGCGGAGCCCCCGGCUACAAUGCGCCCCCAGGAGGAUAUAGACCUCCUCCGCCAGGCAUGGCUCCUCCUCCCGGAAUGGUCCCCCCUCCCGGUACUGGCGCCCCAAUUUCUGGUGCGCCUGGAGUUGCGCCUCCCCCCGGCGUUCCUUUCAAUGGCCCUCCCACGUUGGGCGGUCCGGCGCGCAAUCUGCCUGCCAACCUCCCCAGCAACAUCAACUUCAACGCCCCCGUCAUUCGCCUAGGCACUUCGGCGUCCCAGCGCCCUCCCACCGGAGACAAUGCAGGCCGCCGCGAGAGUGCCGCACCGCCUGCGCGACGAGGCCUGGGAAUGGACGGCCCCGAUGCAGGUUCCCGUCGCGACGAUGUCAAACUACCUCCGCGCCAACCCACCCGUGAAGAAGUCGCCCGUACCAUCUUCGUUAGCAGCAUACCAAAGGACAUGAAAGACGAGGAUGUCGAAGCUAUCCUCCGUACGGCUGGCGGUCUUUCUAGGUUUUACCGGGCCACCGAUGCAAACGACAAGCCCCAGACCUUCGGUUUCGCCGAGUUCCCCGAUGCUCAGAGCCUGCGUACCGCGACGGAGAUCUUCAAGGAUGUCCGCGUUCCGACCAAACGACAGAAACCCCAUCAAGUCAAGAAGGCGGACGGCGAAGAUACGGAAAUGGCGGAGGAUGUGGAGACUUCGAAGCUGCAGAUCAUGGUGGACGAUGCAUCUAUCAAGUACGCCGAAGAAUGGACCAAGAACGAGGACGAGAACACAGUGUCUUUUAGGGUCGAUUCUGCCAAAAAUGAACUCGCUCAAGUCCUUGCGCGUCUUCUCAAUCCACCCAACGCUCCACUGAAUGACUUUACCAACGACACCGUCAUGGAUGAUGUUCCCAUGCCUGAUGACGAAAACGUCGUGCACGUGAACAUUGACAUGGCUACUGGAGAAGACGAACUCUCGGACAUUCCAGCUGAGAUGCGCGAGGUCGUGGCUGCUGAGAUUGCUGCUUUCCGCGAUCGCUCAAAUCAGCGCGAUCAAGAACGCCUGCGCAAAGAGGAAGAAGCCGAGGCCGAGCAACGCCGCGAUGGUCGACGCGCAUCACCACCCCCAGCCUCUGCUCCAACAGGGCCUGGUGGCGCGAAUGGUGUGCCUCUGGGUCCCCGAGCUGAUCGAGGUAUUCAAGGUGCUCCGAGUGGCCCCAAGAACUCGCAAUUUCCCCGCGACUAUCAGGCCGGCGUCAAUUUCGUCAACGGUGGAGCUGUCAACAACGGUGUCUAUAUCAGCCGCGAGGAUGAAUAUGAUUCCGCAAGCGACUCGGAGCUUGAGCAACGCCGCCAACGCAAGAAAAACCUGGAGCUGGACGAUGCCUACAAGAUGGAGUUGAGUCGCUGGCUCAAGUUCGAGAACAGGGCAGUUUCUUCGCUGGAACGAACCCAAGACCGCUUGAAGACCGAAGAGGCCAACCUACAGGCUGCACGGGACACUCAAGCAAGCCAACUGAAGAACUUCGACGACGACAAAGAAGCCGAUCAAAAGCGCCAGCUAUACUACCGCGAUCACGGAGAGUACAUGCGCGAGCGAAAUAGAACUCGGGAGCGGGAGGAGCGGGACGACCGUGCGGACCGUGAGCAGGAACAGCGUGAACUGGCCGUGAGGCAGAAACAGAAGGAGCACGCACGCAACCAGGCUGACGCCUUCCUGGACGAACAGGCUGAAGAGAUGAUGCGAUCGCAGACGACUAACGAACCUCAGCAACAAUUCAAGAUUUCACUGGGAGCGGCUACUAAGAAACUGGAACAGACUACCACCAAAGCACGCACGGCUGCCGAUGUUGAGAACCUGCUCGAGGACGAAGAGCCUGUGGAUGAUUCCAAUAACAAGAAGCGUACCUUAAUCCCCAUAAAUGUUGAUGCCACUGAUCGUGCGAACCUUACACAGGAAGAGAUUGAAGAUGCUCAAAGACAGCUUGCCCGCGAUAUUCCCUCAGACAAGGAGGGUCUCUGGAAUUGGCCCAUCUCGUGGGAACAUUUGAACGACAAAUACAUUGACAAAGAUAUUAAAGAAUGGGCUGCAAACAAAGUUCUCGACACUUUGGGUGUGCAGGAGGAUCUUCUUGUGGAUGCUGUGGUGGAUCAUUUGCGGAACCGGGGAGGCCCUGAUGCUUUGGUGGAGAACCUGGAGGCUGCGCUUGAUGAUGAGGCCGAGAGUCUUGUGAGGAAGCUUUGGCGUAUGGUUAUUUACUACAGCGAGACUGAAAAGAGGGGUAUAAGAUGA